AUGAUUGUCCAGGAAGACGAGCGCCCAGAACAAGAUAAGGAGGAGGAGGCCUUGAUCGCACAGUUUCGCCGCCUCUUUGCGCCAAUUUUGGAUGACAGCUUGAAUCUGUACUACCAACUCAACGAUUUGGAUGACACGGAGCACGUGAGGAUUCAUCAAACGGUGGCCCAGAUGAACGAUCUGACCAGCAGCGAAGAGGAGACGAUGGUUACCCAGGUGAACAGUCCAUCGCCACCGCCGGUGUGUGUGGAGCUUCUGCUUCCAAUCUCCAGCGACAGUUCCACGGCCAGCAGUUCCCUGUACGCCAUCCACACUCCGUCUCCGGCUCAUCCUAGUGGUGUGCUCCUGGUGCCCCAGAAUUUGGAGUCACCGUUGCUGUCCGGCAGUGAUGCCAUCACAAUCACCGAGCAGGUGCAGCUGCAUAAUCCGCCACACCAUCUGCAGCUAUUCGAGGAUGAGAACAACACAUCCUGUUCGCUGUCAUCGAAUCUGACGGAUAGCAAGACCCUGGAUGGUCGCACCCCAAUCGUCGUCUGAUGGCUUCCAUCUCCAAUCCCGAUCUGCUUAACUUGUGAUUAUGUUUACACAGUCUUAGAGCUACAACAAACAGUUAGCGAAAAAUAAGCCGCUUAAUGUUUAAUAUAGUCUUAAAUAAUGUUUGUGUGUAUGUGUCUGUCAAAGUUGUUUAAAUAUUAAAGGCGUUUAUGCGGUAAGUCAAAUCAUUUCAAACACUAUUUCAUUGCUUAACCUAUUUUAAAUAAAGCUUCGAAUAUUUAUAGAAACCCAGAAAUAUUAGCAAAUAUCCCACCAAAUACAUUUUUAAAAUUUCUUAGAACUUUUAUGGAAUGUACUAACAUUUUAUUUGAUUAUCUAUUAUCUCAAAUGAAACAAUGAUUUUAAGUGAUUAUGAUACAUAAAUUUAUCAAAUAUGUUUUCACAAAACUAUUUUAUUUGUCGAAAGCCUGUCUUAAUUCUCAAUUCUAAGAUUCUCCCCCCCUCUGUUUAAUUUUAAAAACCUUCCAUACUCUCAAACUUCCCAGCCGCAUAAACGCAGACUUCAUGUGUAUCCUUUUAUUUUCGCUUUUUAGCCAUACACCCAAUCAUUAUCCCAUCAUCCAUGAACUCCAUCGUUUUUGAAACAGCAGAAAAGUAUCAACAUUGAGCAAAUUUUUCUCACUUCGUUCGGAUCGACAGAAGGAUGUUGUAUAGAAGAAAGUAGGCAGCCAGUUGGUCUGAUGGGUCUCAUAGAGUCCAUCGGAGCCCCUAGGGACUUGGCAUUAAUAAAUCUCAUUUAGCACUCAUGCACCUAGCAAAAUAAAUUGUAUUUUCCUUGUUCUCGUUGCACCCAUUCAUAGGACAAAUAUUAUUUGCUUCGUAGUUAAAUUUACAUGAUUUUCAUGGUCAUAAUCUUUAACAAAUAAAACCUACAAAUAGGCUUAGCACAGAGUCGAUUUUAGUGUACAAGAUGAACAUAUAUACUGAUAUUAUAAAUGAGUAAAUUGACAUUUUAGCGUACUAGUUUAAGCUGAAAAAGUGUUAACAGACGCGCAAUUCUUCUUCGUAAAGUUGGGCAAUACGUAUAAUGAAAGGUAUUUAAAAACAUAAAACAAACACACACAUAUAACAUAACUGAAUCCGAAACAUUCAACUUUUAUUGAGUAAGUUAAAGUUAAAUUAUUAUAUUGUAAUGCAAACAAUAUGGCAAAAUCAAAAACAUCAAGAAUAAAUGUUAUACAAAUGAA